AUGCUAGAUGACAUGAGCAUACUAAUUCGAACAUUUGCAGUUUUCACAGUAUCAAUUGACGAACUCACGAACCUCAAGCGAGCUGGCCUUGUCACAGAUGAAGGCAAAGUGAUUCGUCUUCGAGGUCUACCAUUUUCGGCCACAACUGAGGAUGUGAAGAAUUUCUUCAAAGGUACGCGAAACUCUUGGUACAGUCUUGUCAAAUUUGAGCAAAUUUUCUCUAAAAGGGAAUCGGUGUUGCGGGUAUCGGGACAUGAUUAUUUUGCAUAUAUAUGGUAUAUAUCGAUAUCACGUUAUUGCUUAAAAUUCGAGGGUAAUUUGUCAAAGUUAAGUGGUGGUUGUGUAUCAGGGCUAAACUGUGAAGAGGUGGUAUUCGGGCGUACGGGAGGGCGGCCUAGCGGGGAAGCUUUCGUGCGUCUCGCCAGCAAAGAUGAAGCCUCGAAAGCCCUCGAUUUCAACAAGCAACAUAUGGGAAGCAGGUGGGAGCAGUGGGCUCUAGAUUUAUGCUCAGUUUGUUGA